AUGGGUAACCAGCCAUCCAGCGAAAAAAAGGCCAAAGGCGACAAGUCGGGCGCCGAUGGUGCUCCUCUGGGCCGCGAGUACUAUCGCUCAUUCGAGAGGUCCGACACCAAAGACUCGUCGCGCUCGAUCCGCAACUCGCUACGAUCCAAGAUCCCCGGCUCCGGAAAGACCGACAGUCCACGCAAUUCGGUCGCUAAUCUCGGUGACGUCAAUGGCAAGCCUGACAAAACAGAUGCUGCCUCUACCAAAUCAGACAAGAGCCGCGGUGGCAAAAGCUCACGAAGGGGCUCAAACGCCUCAGCGCUUGCUGCUCCCGAGCUGCCCAUCGAGACACUUGAUAGGAAAGACUCGCUUCCCGCCGACGAACCUGAAGCCCCGCCCUCGCCCGUACAAAGCGCAUCCGUGGGCCAUGGACACGAAGGAGUGAGCAGGGCCCAGCAAUCAGGCGAAGUCGACCACGUGUCGGAUGUGCCACCAACGGGCAUCCCACCCCCACUGGCCUCGGCUCAGCCAGGGGAGUCCAUCCUACAGAAGAAGGGCCAACCAAUUCCAAGGCUCCCAGAACCUCCGGCCCCGACCGAUGGCUCAGGUUCGCCAAUGGAGAUCAGCGCACUCAAGUCAAUGGACUUGGAUGACAUGAUACAAAGACUGCUGGAUGCAGCUUACGCUGGCAAGGUUACCAAGACCGUCAGCCUAAAGAAUGCAGAGAUCUUUGCCAUCUGCUCAGCGGCGCGAGAGGUGUUUCUGAGCCAGCCGGCACUUCUUGAACUGGCACCGCCCGUCAAGAUCGUUGGCGAUAUCCACGGACAAUACACCGAUCUGAUCCGCAUGUUCGAGAUGUGCGGAUUUCCUCCCAACUCAAAUUACCUCUUCCUCGGUGACUACGUGGACCGCGGUAAGCAGAGUUUGGAAACCAUUUUGCUACUUCUCUGCUACAAGCUCAAGUUCCCCGAGAAUUUCUUCCUCCUACGCGGCAACCACGAAUGUGCCAACGUCACGCGAGUAUACGGCUUUUACGACGAGUGCAAGAGACGAUGUAACAUCAAGGUUUGGAAAGCCUUUGUGGAUACCUUCAACACGUUACCCAUUGCAGCCAUUGUUGCACAAAAGAUUUUCUGUGUGCAUGGCGGAUUGUCUCCGAGCUUGUCUCACAUGGAUGAUAUUCGACAAAUUGCAAGGCCCACCGAUGUACCAGACUACGGUCUGCUGAACGACCUGCUGUGGAGUGAUCCGGCGGAUAUGGAAAAUGACUGGGAAUCUAAUGAACGAGGCGUCAGUUAUUGCUUUGGCAAGAAGGUCAUUAUGGAAUUUCUGCAACGGCAUGACUUCGAUCUUGUUUGUCGAGCUCACAUGGUUGUCGAAGACGGCUACGAGUUCUUCAAUGACAGAGUACUAGUCACUGUAUUCUCGGCACCCAAUUAUUGCGGCGAGUUUGACAAUUGGGGUGCGGUCAUGUCGGUUUCUGGAGAGUUGCUAUGCAGCUUUGAGCUGUUAAAGCCACUCGAUUCGAGUGCGUUGAAGAGCCACAUCAAGAAGAGCAGGAACAAGCGUCAGAGCAUGCUCAACUCACCCGGUGCGAUUGGCGAACUUUUACCUGGAUCUCCUAUCAUUGCAAAGAGCGCGACAACUCCUCGAGAUGACCAAGAUUUUGACCUCUCGAUUAACUUGGACAACAUGGCUGUACCUGAGAAGCGCGGUCUUGCUGGAAGACUCAGACGUGUGCGGAGGAAGCCUGGGCUGGAGCAGCUUGGUGACCAAGGGGAUGGCACAGCAACAUCUUCAAUGUGGGAGAAGGGUCAUGUCAGAGCCAACACGUGGAGCGAUUCUACUGCGUCUGCUGCGAGCGACAAUGCGACAGUGUUGAUGCAAUUUGAGCCUUUUGAUGAUUUGGGCGGUCCAGAACGGCGGAAACGUCUGCUAGAACAACAGCAGGCGUUGUGGGAAUCGACACUACCAAAGUUACCGAUUGAUCACAUUGGCUAUUUCGCUUCAGGACGGGACUUGGAUCGUUUCCAUCACGCGGAAACCCCACGUGGCACCAAUACUCGUUGA